CUGCCAUCACACAGGGAACGAGACUCCGAAUGCAGAACCGGUAUCAGCCAACUUCCCCUCAACGCCUGCACCAAAUAUUCACCUUGACUUGUAGGCACUGACGCGGUUGCAUAAUGUCCGGACACGGGGCAAUGAGAGACCAGUAACCUAAAGAAUAAAAGUUUGAUUCCACAUUUGAAGAAUGAAAAUGUAUUUCCAGACUAUCAUCUUGUACUUGAAACUUGCAAUAUUAUAUAACGGUGCUACAGCCUCUGGAACUCGAUGUAAAAUACAGGGUCUGGUUGCGGACUGUAGACACUUAAAGCUCUCCAGCAUCCCUUCAGACCUUCCAGUCAACAUCACAGUGCUAAAUCUCUCCCAUAACCAGCUGAAGCACUUGUCAGCUUCUACACUGUCUCAGUACAAUCAGCUUCAAGUUUUGGACGCUGGCUAUAAUGUCAUCACUAAAAUCGAAGAAAACCUAUGCAAAGUUCUUCCGUUCCUGCAAAUGCUGGGGCUUGAACACAAUCAGUUCUCUCAUUUGUCCAUACAUUACUUCUCGUACUGCAGCAACCUGACUGAGCUGUACAUACAAUUCAAUCGAAUCAAGGAGAUCACAGGCAAUCCUUUCACAAACCUUCAGGAAUUGACGGUCCUGGAUGUGUCUCACAAUAAAUUGGUUUCCGCCAAACUGGGAACUGCGCUGCAAUUGCAAAAGCUGCAAAGAUUGGUGCUGUCUGCAAACAAAAUCAUACAGUUAAAGAAUGACGAUUUUGAUUUCCUCAACAGCAGCAUGCUGUACCAGCUGGACUUGUCGUCCAACAGCAUCACUGAGUUUGAACUUGGUUGUUUCCACAAAAUUGAAAGUUUACACAGGCUGCUUUUGGACAACGUAGUCCUCCAUUCCACUCUUGCCAAGCAGCUCUGUGCAGCAUUGUCACAGACUGACAUUGCUGAGCUCUUUCUGAGGAACACCCACCUGAAAAUACAAAACUCUACUUUCGCUGAAUUAAGCGAAACAAACUUGACAGCUCUUGAUCUGUCAAACAACAAGUUGACUACAGUGCAAACUAAUUCAUUUCAGUGGCUGCACAGAUUGGAAUAUCUUCAACUUGAAAACAACAGCAUUCAACAUGUCACCCCAAAAACAUUUGCUGGGCUGGAAAAUUUGAAGUAUUUGAACUUGAAGAAAGGCCUCAGCCAAGUAGGAUCUCUCAUUGAUGAUUACUCAUUUCAGGAGUUGGGAAAUCUAGAGGUACUCAAUCUAGAAGACAACAAUAUUGCAAGUAUAAGGGCACAUACUUUCUCAGGCUUGAGAAGUCUGAAAUAUCUUAGCCUGUAUAAGUCAUCUAUCGUUGAUCUAAAAACUAUCAGUAACAAAACUUUCGUGUCACUUGCAGAGUCUCCCCUUGUCAAUUUAAAUCUUACAAAAACAAAAAUUUCAAAACUGCAGCCUGGAGCUUUUUCCUGGUUCAAGAAGCUGAAAAAGCUGGAUAUAGGUCUCAAUUCCAUCUCUCAGAUGCUAACAGGAGAGGAGUUUCGAGGUCUAAGUGAGAUAGAGGUGAUAUACCUGUCAUAUAACAUGAAGUUGAUUUUGUCUUCAUCUUCCUUUAUGCAUGUCCCUUCUCUGAAAAUCUUGAUGCUCAGCAAAUCAGCAAUUGCCUCGUUGAAUAUUCAACCUUCGCCAUUUGAUUGCAUUAAGAAUCUCACUGUCCUUGACCUCAGCAACAAUAAUUUAGCCAAUUUGGAUAAGGAUGUUUUCCGUGAGCUUCGGCAGCUUCAAGUUUUAAAGUUACAACACAAUAACUUGGCACGGCUCUGGAAGAGUGUCAAUCCUGGAGGUCCAGUUCUUUACCUCAGUGGUUUGAAAGAGCUUCAGAUUCUGGAUUUGCAAUCCAAUGGGUUAGAUGAGCUCCCAGAGAAAGCUUUUCAAGGAUUGUAUAAACUAAGUAAUUUGGAUUUAAGCAUGAACAAUUUAAACUUUCUUCCCGAUGUUGUAUUUAAUGACUUGAAAUCUCUCAAAUCGCUUCAUAUACAGAAAAAUCUGAUUACAUCGGUUGAAAAAGAUGUUUUUAGCCAGUUAUUUAGUAACCUAACAGUCCUCUAUAUGGGAUUUAAUCCUUUUGAUUGUACUUGUGAAAGUAUUUUCUGGUUUGUUAUCUGGUUGAAUAAGACCAAUAGCAGCAUCCCUGGCUUGAACACUCAAUACAUCUGCAACACUCCACCAAGUUACCACAACCAUUCUGUUGUAGCUUUUGACAUAUCUCCCUGCAAAGAUGUUGCUCCUUUUGAGGAUGCAUUUGUCAUUAGUAGCAGCAUUAUACUUCUUUUCAUUUUUGCUGUGUUUCUGAUUCACUUUCACGGAUGGUGGCUAGAAUUCUAUUGGAACAUUUCUGUCAACCGAAUAUUUGGAUUUAAGGAAAUAGACCAUCAGGAAGCUCAGUUUCAGUAUGAUGCUUAUAUCAUUCAUGCCAAAAAUGACAUUAACUGGGUCAACAAAUAUUUGUUGCCUUUGGAGCAACAGGAUCAAAAAACUAUGUUCCAGUUUUGCUUGGAAGAAAGGGACUCUGAAGUUGGAAUUUCUGAGCUGGAAUCCAUUGUGAACAAUAUAAGCCAGAGCAGAAAAAUCAUCUUUGUUAUGACCCAAGAGCUUUUAAAGGAUCCCUGGUGCAGAAGAUUCAAGGUACAUCAGGCAAUGCAGCAAGUCAUUCAGCAAAGCCGAGAUUCCAUCAUUUUGAUAUUUUUACAGGAUAUCCCUGAUUAUAAAUUACACCAAAUGCUCUGCCUCCGAAGGGGAAUGUUCAAAUCGCACUGUAUUCUAACCUGGCCUGCUCAGAGUGAGCGAAUUCCUGCCUUUCACCAGAAACUUAAGGUCGCACUUGGUUCAACUAAUCGAGUCCAAUAGGCUUACAUCUACUCACUGUCUGCACUUAGUACUCCUCAGUCUAAUACAAGGUUAAAAUAUAAAAAGGGAAAUUUUGAGGCAAAAAUCAGCAACAAAUUGUGCUCUACCCAUACCUCGUGUCACUCCUUCACAUUUUCCCUGAAACCCUGCAAAUCUUUUCUCUUCAGAUAAUGAUCUUGUUCUCCUUUGAAAGCCACAAUUGAAACUAUGUCCACCAGACUUUCAGGCUUUCAGCAGCCUAACUCUCUGUAGCGGAGAAACAUUUUCCCUCGUGUUACUGUUGUCUCUUUUGCCAGUCACCUUAAAUCGGUGCCUUCUAAUUCUUGGUCCUUUCACCACUGGAAACAGUUUCUUCUGACCUCCGUUGUCUCAAUCCCUCUCGCGACCUUGAGCAUGUUUGCGAAAUUACGUGUUACCUUUCUUCAAGGACAAAAGCCUCAGGUUCUCCAAUAAAUCCACAUAAUUGGACGGCAUGGUGGCUCAGUGGUUAGUACGCUACCUCAUAGUACCAGGGACCUGGGUUCGAUUCCAGCAUUGGGCGACUGUCUGUGUGGAGUUUGCACAUUCUCCCCGUGUCUGUGUGGGGUUUCCCUGGGUAUUGUGGCUUCCUCCCACAGUCACAAAGAUGUGCAGGUCAGGUGAAUUGGCCAUGCUAAAUUGCCCAUAGUGUUAGGCAGAGGGAAAUGGAUCUGAGUGGGUUACUCUUCAGAGGGUCAGCGUGGACUUGUUUGGCCGAAGGGCCUGAUUCCACAUUGUAGGGAAUGGAAUCUAAUUUACAACUGAAGUUCCUCAGCCCUGCUGGAACAACUCUUGUGAAUCUUUUUGGCACUCUCUCUCAUGCCUUCACAUCAAAUGCCAAAAACAUUAGGGAAUUAUUUUUGAGAAACUGAGGGGAAAGAAAUGUGGAAUGAUUAUCAAUUGCGGCUAUAUGAGUUAAACCAAAGACUGAGGAAAAAAUGUUUUACAGCGAUGCUCGGAGUGUGCUAUAGACUCCAAAACAAUCUUACGUCAGGCAGAUCUCUGCAAAAACAACAGAGCAGUAAUAAUUUAGACUAAGAGCUUUAGAGGGGAUUGAGGGGGAUUCUUUUUUCAUGUUGAGGUUGGUUGGGACUGAAACACAACUGCUGAAAAAAUGAUGGAGAUGGGAACCACUCAGCAUUACAAUAUGUUACGAGAUGUGCACUUGAAGUAUUGUAGCCUGCAGACCAAGAGCUUAAAAAGUGGAAUUAGAAUUGUUGGUAGCUGAGAACUCAAUUGGACAAAGGUAAGAUACAAAGCCUUAACAAAUUCUCUAUUCAAACUUGAAUUACUGUUGUCUUGUAUUUGACAAGGCAGCAAUGAAACUGAUAGUGAAACCUAGAAAAGAUGGUGGUGAGCUGCCUUCUCGAACUGCUAUAGUUCAUGUGCUGCCAGGAGACCCCACAAUGCCCUGAGGAAGGCAAUUCCAGGAUUUUGAUCUGGCAACACGAAAGGAAUAGUGAUUUUUUUUUUCCAUGUCAGGAUGUGAAUGGUUUGGAGGGGAACUUGUAAGUGGUGGUGUUCCCAUGAAUCUUCACGUUUUUCUUUCUAGUUGGUAGAAAUUGUGAGUUUGGAAGGUGCUGUCUGAGAAGCUGUGGUAAGUUACUGCAGUUUCAUUAGAUGAUACACACUGCGGCUACAUUGUCAAGGUGGCGUCAUUUAAGUGGACUGCUUUGUCCUGGAUGGUGUCACGCUUCUUGUCAUUCCUUCGGUGUCACUGAGUGAAAAUCCUGGAAUUCCCUCCCUUAGGAUAUUGUGGGUCUACCUGCAGCAAUCGAAAUACCGCUGUUCAAGAAGGUAGCUCACCACCGCCUUUUCAAGUGCAAGUGGGGAUGGGCAAUAAAGUCUGGCUAGGCCAUCAAUGCCCAUAGCUCAUGAAUGAUUUUAUUUUUAACUUUAUGAUUGUUUCUUGUAUCUAAAAUGGUCCUUUUAUUCUCCAGAUGUAUAAACUUAUGCGAUAUUCUUUGAUCUAUCUAAUAUAUCUCCAGUACAAUAUUUUAUAAGUUUGAGCAAAUUUAUAAGGUACCCGGUUGCAGUAUUUUUGACUUUAAUGCUUUUAAACAAUACAACAGGAAAUUGAUUGGUGGAAGGCUCAGCACUGGUAAUGUCGUAGAAAGAAUGGUGUAGUAUUUCUUGAAGAUGAAGGACAUAAGUGUGUAAGUAGCACAGUAGGCUUUAGAGUAGUGUGAUCAUUUUCAGAUGAGUUUCUUUUGUGUCCACUGUUGAAAACUAACAAGGCCAAGUUAAUUUGAAAUAAUACUUAUAUGAAGAAGCCAUUUCAUACUCUGCAUUGUAUAAUCACAUAUGCAUUGGGGGUUAUUACCUAAUUAAGCAACCAGUCAGAAACAGAUGAUUGACCAAACAGCAUGCCUUAAUUAAGUUGUAAUUGAAGAAAUAGUAAUUAAUCAAGUAGUUGUAAUGAUUUAGCUUCAGUUUAACAUGCUCUUCGUCAAGCAUCAAAAUCCAAUACUAUGUGCUAAACUCAGCAGUAUUUUUAGCCAGGAAAAUUCAAAAAUGGGAACAAUAGACAUUUACACAAAAUCAGAUCAGACCAAGAAAAUGUAAAAGAAAUAUUGUCCUACUGGCUACUCAGCCAAGCAUCAGUUAAAACAAACCAACAGGUAAAAUAAAAACCGAAAGAAUUGCAGAUCAGAAACAAAAACAGAAAUUGCUGGAAAAGCUGAGCAGGUCUGGCAGCAUCUGUGAGAAAAAUCAGAGUUAAUGUUUCGGGUCAAGUGAACAUAUACAUUUAAGCCAGAGUCCUAAGGGGAAUAUCUUAAGAUUUCUGACUUCUUAAAAUCUAUUUGUUGGCAAACUAGUAGAUAAUGUUAGUUACUACAUGUCAAUCAAAAGAUAUGAAGAAGGAUAUAAAAAUGCCCAUUUUCUGUUAAAACAGCAUACUUAUAAACUGAUCAGGUACAAAUAUUUAAAAUUUCACAGUACAGGGUAGAUAUGUGGACUCAAGAAUCUUGAUAUCAUUUUGGAUAAAAUAGCUUAUUUGACAGGCAUCUCAUCCACCAUUUCAAACACACAUUCCCUCCAUUACCAAUGCAUAGUCACAAUGGUGUGUAGCUUCUUCAAGAUGCACUACAGAAAUUCACCAAGGCUCCUCCAACUGCAUCUUCUAAACCUACAAUCUCUACUACCUACGCACACUUGAAUAACAGAUGCAUGGGAGCACCAUUAUAUGUAUAUUCCCCUCCAAGCCAUUGUGUGGGUCAAAAGGUCCUUCCCGACCUGUGUCAUCUUAACUUGGAAUUUACUGCCAUUCUUUCACUGUCACUAGGUCAAAAUCCUUCCAAUCAGAACUGUGACUCUAUCCACAUGAACUGUGGCUGUUUGAGGAGUUAUCUCAGUACUGCAUUCACAAGGGAUAUUAGUGAUGAGGCCAGCCAGUGACACCCACUUCACAUGAAUAAAUAAAACAAAAACUACAUGAAUGGCCACAAAUUAUUUCCUUUUGCUUUCACAGGGGAGGCAGGGGUCUUUAAGCAUGAUUAACUCCCUUUUCCAGCAAGAAAGCUUGCCAGAUCAAGCACCAGCUGAUUGGCAGGCUUUCGCUGCCCACACACAGCCCUGUCAAUCAGAGACCACUGCAGAGGAAUGUCAGAGGGUGCAGGCUGCUUACCUAUGAAAACCAGGAGGAGUAAGAAGGUUUCUAUUUUGAGGAUUGCGUAACUUCCUUGGAGUAGAAGAAGAGGAUAUUCGGAGUUCAGGGAAAGAGUGUGGCUGUCUUCGGCCAUUUUCUUGUCUUCCCUAUCCCACCACUGAAAGGCAGACCAUCUUGUCAGGAAAGUAGCCCCUUCUUCCUAUUGUUGGGAAGACAGGUGAUUGGGCCGAUGGUCAGCGAAGAAUCUUAUGUGGUCAUUGAUGAGCUCAAUGGCCGCUAUGUGGAGGCAGGUUGGGAAGGACCUUUCCACCCACACAAUUGCUGAGAAGCCAGGUAUCUCUCUCUUCACCUGCAUCUGCCAUUUUCCCCACCACUUCGAGGGAAAGUGCUGUCCUUUAUUUCAGUUUAGAUGGAUAAAAGAAAAUUAUUGUAAAAUGGGAAUAAGGCAGGUUUUUAAAAAUGUAUUCUUUGGUCUAUUUAUUUUUUCAUGGUAUGUGAGUGAAAAAUAAACUGUCCCCCUAGUUUCUAUAAGUAUCCGGGUGUAAAAGUAAAGAAGAGUUUUGGCCAUUUAAACAUAAGUGGAAACAUGUUAAAACUGUACUUUUAAGUUUUUGUCACAAACUUUGAAUUUGAAAAAAUGUAUCCACAUUACUAAAAUUAAAACACAUUUGAAACGUUC